AUGUUAGCAGCUCUUCAUCAAAUUCUUGCUUUAAAACAACUUAAGAAAUUAAUUAUUGAUUGUAAUGAUUUUCCAACUCAACAAGUUAUAAAUUUAAUAUGUUUGACACCAAAUUUACGUUUCUUAAAAUGGAAUUUUCAAUCGAUCGAUCAAACUAAAUUGAAAUCAAUUGAACAAAGCGAAAAUUUUCAAUCUCUAUCAAAUACAAAUAAAAUUCAAAAUUUACAAGUUCUUCAUUGUUGUUCAUUCGGUGAAAUUCAAAUUUUUAUUAAUGUAUUUCCACAAUUAGAAUCUCUACAAACUGGAGAAUUUCAAAAACAAAUCGUUCAAAUUACACGAUGUUUUUUAUCAAAAAUGGAUCAUUUAUUUUUCUUAAAUAUUACAUAUAUCAUUAAAACAUAUUUACAAAAAUUUAAUUUUUUAAUUAAAUCAGAAAAUUUACUUGAUGAUUAUUUGAUUAAAUUUAUUGAUCAUGAUUUAUAUUUAUGGUGGUAG